UCGCCGCAAGCGGCUUGGCACGAGUAAAGUUUUAUUGAAAGGAAUAGGGAGAAGUAAAGUUGGAUUACCAGUGAGAGGGACCAAUACGAAGGGAUUUACACUCCUCGGACGCUAUGCGGAUUUAUUCUAUAUGGAAUUAGGAUAUGUGCAAUUCGUGAGGAAUUGGAUUACAAAUUCUGUGCGCAAUGUUACGGACAGCGAAGGGGAUAGUCGCAGCACUGUUUUUAGUGUUAGCGGUGAUAACUGUACCCCUUGUGAGAGGCUUCCCAUCCUGCCAUCCCAACCCGUGCAAGAACCAGGCACAGUGCAUUGGGAUAUCUUCAGACCACAGUGUCUGCAAAUGUCCGGAUGAUUACGUUGGCGAGUUCUGCCAAGACUUGAACCCCUGCAGAGCCAAUCUAUGCAUGCAUAACAGCACAUGUACAGUCGUGCAGCGUGCGGACGAGGCACCCAGAGGGGUUUGCCAAUGUAAAAUAGGCUUCCAGGGGACAUUAUGUGAGAUGGUGGACAGCAACAGCGCCUGUGUCAGCUCCCCUUGUCAAAAUGGAGGAUCCUGUUCUAACAUCAACAGCCUGUCCGACUUUACCUGCCGCUGCAUGCCAGGAUAUAGGGGCCGAUAUUGUGAGUUAGAUGAUCACUGCGCAUCUAUGCCAUGUCGGAAUGACGGAAGAUGUACAUCCUCAAGCUAUGGAUUUACCUGUGAAUGUACACGAGGAUUCCGCGGAAAGACUUGUAUGGAUGAUUUGGAUGAAUGCACUGAGAAUUCCAACCUGUGCUUAAAUGGAGGCCGGUGUCAAAAUACCUAUGGAGAUUACGAGUGUGAGUGCCCCGAGCGGUACACAGGGCGCCAUUGUGCGGAGAGAUACAUCCCUUGUAGCCCCAGCCCCUGCCAGCAUGGAGGAAGCUGCACGAAGACUGACGAAUUACAGUACCAGUGUACCUGCCUUGCUGGUUUCCGAGGACGUAAUUGUCAGAUCAAUGUAGACGACUGUGUGAACAACCGCUGUAAUAAUGGAUCUACCUGCAUAGAUGGAGUGGACAGUUACACCUGUCGCUGCCCACCUACCUAUAAAGGCACAUAUUGUGACAUCGACAUUGAUGAGUGUCUGGAACAGCCAAGCAUCUGCCGUAAUGGUGCCACCUGCAUGAACCAGCCAGGGGGCUACCAGUGUAUCUGUGUGAAUGGCUGGAAUGGAACAGACUGUGGGGAGAACAUCGAUGACUGCAAGGAGAGUCCCUGCUACAAUGGGGGCACCUGUAGGGACAGAGUGGGCUAUUUCUUCUGUGAAUGCCCAAAAGGAAAAACAGGUCUGCGCUGCCAUCUGGAGGACGCAUGUGAAAGUAGUCCCUGUCAUGCUGGUGCAAGUUGCGAGACUUCCCCUAUUGACGGCAAUCAUAAGUGUACUUGUAAGCGAGGGUGGAAAGGCACCUUCUGUGACAAGGACAUCAACGAGUGCGAAGAGAGUUACGAGGGCCCAUGCGAACAUGGCAGUACCUGUGAGAAUACACCAGGUAGUUUCAGGUGUAUCUGCCAGACAGGGUUCUCCGGUCAGUACUGUGAGGUGAACAUCAACGAAUGUGCCUCCAACCCCUGUCAGAAUGAUGGCACCUGUCUGGAUAUGAAUGGAGAAUACAAGUGUAUAUGCAUGCCAGGUUUCACGGGAGACAACUGUGAGAGGGACAUCGAUGAGUGUGCUAGCCGGCCCUGUCAUAAUGAUGGAUACUGUGAAGACUUAGAAAACAACUUUAAGUGUACUUGUCUACCUGGUUUUCAAGGUCACACCUGCAGCAUCAACAUCAAUGAGUGCGAAAGUGACCCCUGUCUCAACGGUGCCACCUGUAACGACCGCCGGGAUGCCUACAGCUGCACCUGUCUCCCAGGUUUCCGUGGUGAUCAUUGUGAAGAAAAUAUCAAUGAUUGUGCCAAUGUGACCUGCACCUUUGGUAAAUGCAUUGACGGCCGUGAGACCUAUCACUGUCAGUGUAUUAGUGGGUACACAGGCACCCACUGUGAACAAGAAAUAAACGAGUGUGACAGCAACCCUUGCAAGUUCGGGGCAACCUGCUAUGACUUGACCAACUCCUACGAAUGCCGUUGUCAGAUGGGGACAUCAGGUCGAAACUGUGAGAAGAACAACAAUGAAUGUUCCAGCAACCCCUGUCGGAAUGAUGCCAACUGUAUUGAUGGCAUUAAUUCGUACACCUGUCACUGUAAACCAGGCUUUACAGGUGAACACUGUGAGCGGGACAUCAACGAAUGCGAGUCCAACCCAUGCUCUAAUGGUGGAAUAUGCAAGGAUGAGGAGAACGGCUUUCUGUGUGACUGUCCGCCAGGAUACUUUGAUGCUCUCUGCCUGUCGGAUGUGAAUGAAUGUGCAAGCGACCCUUGUCUCCAUGGCGGGCAGUGCAUUGAUGGUGUCAAUCGUUUUGACUGCCGCUGUCCUCAAGGUUACGGCGGGUACAAUUGUGAAAGCAACAUCAACGAGUGCAUGUCCAACCCCUGUCAGCAUGGAGGAGCUUGCAAGGACUAUCUCAAUGGCUACACCUGUGAAUGUAGGCCUGGAUGGAGUGGAACAAACUGUGAGACCAACAUUAAUGACUGCAUCAGCAACCCGUGUGUCCACGGCCGGUGUGUCGACCAGAACGACAACUACUUCUGUCACUGUGAGGUGCCUUACACAGGCAAGAACUGUGAUGUUGAAAUGAACCCCUGUGCUGCCAUCCCCUGUCGCAAUGCUGUACAGUGUGUGCCCACCAACAGCUACCAAGACUUUGAGUGCACAUGUACUACAGGAUACACAGGCCGCCACUGUGACCAGGACAUAGAUGAAUGUGCAGAACAACCUCCAUGCCUCAAUGGCGGCACAUGCCAGAACACCAACGGAUCUUUCAUCUGCCACUGUCCUCCUGGGUAUGAAGGCGAGCAGUGCGAUCUUAACCCUGAUGACUGCAAACCUUUGAAUCCCUGCUACAAUGGAGGAACCUGUAUUGAUGGCAUCAAUAACUACACCUGUGUGUGCGUGCAAGGCUUUGGGGGCCACCAUUGCAAGGAUGACAUCAACGAGUGUGCGUCUAUGCCCUGUAUGAAUGGGGGAACUUGUACCGACUACGUCAACUCGUAUACGUGCACAUGUCAACCUGGAUUCAGUGGCAUUCAUUGUCAAAACAAUGACAAUGACUGUACAGCAACGUCGUGUCUGUAUGGCGGUACCUGUGUGGACAAGGUUAACCACUAUCAGUGUCUGUGUGCUCCCGGCUACAUGGGAUCCAACUGCCAGCAGCACAUCAACCCCUGUGACUCCAAUCCUUGUCUCAAUGCGGCCACCUGCAACAACGUCGAUGGAGACUUUGCUUGCUACUGCCCCUAUGGCUUUACUGGGCCUCGGUGUGAGGAAUUCCUGGACUGGUGUAGUCAGAGCCCCUGUAAGAAUAAUGGCAACUGUGUACAGCAAGCCAAUCAGUACAAGUGCGUCUGCCCCCUCGGCUGGAAGGGAGCCCACUGUGAUGUCUCGGAAGUUCCGUGUGACACAGCAGCCAAGCAAAGAGGAACUACUCGUGACAAGCUCUGUCAUAAUGGAGGGACUUGUCAUGACACAGACAACUACCACACUUGCAAAUGUCAGACUGGCUACACAGGCAGUUACUGUGAGGUGGAGCUGAAUGAGUGUGCCUCUCAACCUUGCCAAAAUGGAGCCACCUGUGAGGACCUGGUUGGGAGGUACACCUGCCGCUGUGCCAAUGGCUUCCAGGGUCAGAACUGUGAAUUCAACAUUGACGACUGCGCUACCAAUCCGUGUGUGAAUGGAGGCACAUGUCACGAUGCAGUGGGUGACUUCCACUGUUCAUGUCCGCCAGGGACUCUUGGAUUCCUCUGUGAGAUUGAUGAAGUUGAUUGUUUACCCAACACCUGCCACAAUGGAGGAACAUGCAAGGACGAGAUCGGCACCUACAAGUGUAUGUGUCCACCAGGAUUUGUUGGAACCAAGUGCGAGGGGGAUGUCAACGAGUGUCUCUCAAGUCCCUGUUUAGAUAGUGGCACUCAGGAUUGUGUCCAACUAAACAACAGCUACCGAUGUGACUGCAAACAUGGCUGGUCAGGUCAGCGUUGCGACCAACCCAUCACCUGUCAUCAACAGCCGUGCCAGAAUAGCGGAACCUGUUCCCAAGACAGUGGCGGAACCAUCCGAUGUGAUUGCCGAGAUGGCUACACAGGUAACUACUGUGAGUUGACAUCAUCUGCCUGUGACAGCUCCCCCUGCCUCAAUGGUGCCACCUGCAAACCAACCCCCACAGGCUACACUUGUACAUGCCCACCAGGAGCGAGCGGCUCCAAGUGUGGGGAAGAUGUUGUGCUGGAGUGCCAGUCAAACCCGUGCUUCAAUGGUGGAAUCUGUCAUGAAGAUAUAGGUUUCUACCGGUGCCAGUGUCCUCGAACUUACACAGGAAGCCGUUGUGAGUACUACCUGCCUGAAGCAACCACCCAAGCCAUUGAUGAACCAUGGCGGAGGUGCUUGGAACUGGGUUGUCCUGACAAGGCCAACAAUGGACAGUGUGAUACUGAGUGUAACAUGCAUGCAUGUGAUUAUGAUGGCAAGGAAUGUUCCUAUGGGAUGAAGCCCUGGGCUAAUUGUACACAAGCAAGGGAUGGUGUCUACUGCUGGAAGGUCUUCAAGAACGGAAUUUGCAACCCACAGUGCAAUAACCAAGACUGUCUCUAUGAUGGGUUUGACUGUCAAGAAGACAUCAAAGAAUGCAACCCAUUUUAUGACCAGUACUGUCGCCUCAACUACCACAAUGGACACUGUGAUCAGGGGUGCAACACUGCCGACUGUGAGUGGGAUGGUUUGGACUGUGACAACAACCCACCCAAGCUGGCCCAAGGAACUCUGGUUAUCAUCGUCUUGGUGUCACCAGGACAUUUCCGCAACAUUUCAACGAUGGUGCUACGUAAUUUGAGCCACAUCUUGCGUGCAGUGCUUCGGAUAAAGAAGGAUGCUGAAGGCCAGGAGAUGAUUUUUCCAUGGAAGCAGGAAGAGGAAGAUGCCAACUCCCGUGUCAAGAGAUACAUAGAAAGUUUGUUAAAGAUGCAAGCUUCCAAAAGAGACAAACGUUCUCUGCUGACAGGGACAAAAGUGUAUUUGGAAAUUGACUACCGAAAAUGUUACGAGAUAAGUCCAGAGAACUGCUUCAACAGUGCUAACCCUGCAGCCCAGUUCCUGGCGGCAGCUUUGAAGGAAGGAGGAGACGUAGGCGUUCCUAUUGCUUCAGUGAGCGCUGAAGAUGCCUCCGGACCUGGAACUUUACCUUCCAUGACAUUCGUCUACAUUGUCAUCGCCUGUGGCGCCAUCCUGCUCUUCACUCUGGCUGUAAUAAUUGUUAUUUCGAGACGAACAGAGAGAGCAGUGACAUGGUUUCCUGAAGGUUUCUUCCGCAGGAAUGAAGCCACCAAACCUCGUGCCCGAAAUCGAAAGUGCCCUGAUGGAGAAGAGAUGCAUGAAGUCCAGAAGGGCUCGCACCAGUCACAGCUGGACAAGAUGGAUGCCAACGAGAACCACACAUCACCUCCACUGAGCAGUGACUGCUGGGAGGAUGAGGAUGAGGAACAGCCUCAGAGGAAACGCCAGAAGGUAUGCACUAUUGAGCGACAUUGUGGAGAGAGUGACCAGGCUGCCUGCAUGGACUUUGACCAGGGUGACACUCGUCAGUGGACACAGCAGCAUCUGGAUGCAGCCAACAUCCCCAAGCCAUCCAUCCUGGCCUUGACACCACCUCAGGGGGAGGACCUGAUGGACAAUAAGGAUGUGGACGUCAGGGGACCCGAUGGCUUCACUCCCCUGAUGUUGGCAUCAUUCCGUGGUGGAGGUUUGGAGACAGGGUGUGACGAGGACAGUGGCUCGGGUUCUGGUGAGAGUGGUGAGGGUGAGGAGAGGUCAGCUGAUGUCAUCACUAGUCUGCUGAUGCAGGGGGCUGCUAUCAACGCACAGACGGAUCGUACAGGGGAGACCUCCUUACACCUGGCUGCAAGGUAUGCCCGAGCUGAUGCUGCCAAGACGCUGCUGGAUGCUAGUGCAGACCCCAACACCCAGGACAGCACCGGCCGGACGCCGUUACACACAGCUGUGGCAGCUGAUGCUCAGGGAGUGUUCCAGAUUCUGUUGAGGAACAGAUCAACCAAUCUCAAUGCUCGAAUGCAUGAUGGGACAACUCCGCUCAUACUGGCAGCUCGUCUGGCCAUCGAGGGCAUGGUGGAAGACCUAAUCAAUGCUGAUGCAGAUAUAAAUGCUGCAGACAACAACGGCAAGACCGCUUUGCACUGGGCAGCUGCGGUGAACAAUAGAGAUGCAACGUUGACAUUGCUGCAACACAGUGCAAACAGAGAUGCCCAGGACAACAAGGAUGAAACCCCCUUGUUCCUGGCAGCUAGAGAGGGAAGUUACGAGACAGCUCAAAUCCUCCUGGAUCACUUCGCCAACAGGGAUAUCACUGAUCAUAUGGAUCGACUACCCAGCCAUGUUGCUUAUGAGCGCAGACACCAUGAUAUUGUGCAACUGUUGGAGGAAUAUAAAGUGAACAGUCCAACUGCUGGUGUUCAUUUAGCGAAUGGUGGCGUGCCAUCACCAUCCAUUUCAUUUAUGCCCCACAUGAGUGGAAAACAUGGCAAACAGAAAGGCCGUAAGAAUGCCAAAACCCACGGACCCAUGUCUCCGCAGUCGGGCAAACCCAAUGGCUUGGCGCAGGGACAAAAGUCCAAGUCCCGGAAGAAAAAGUCGACAUCCACCUCCAAUGAGUCGUCUUCAGUUGGGACAGUGUCACCUGGCACUUCACUGGACUCUUCUCAGUCACCGCAAAGUUAUGACUUGACGUCGCCGCGUUAUGAGAACACGGUGGUGGCCAUGCCUCAACCGCACAUUCAUUCAUUAGAUGACGGUCAGAUGGGGACUCUGCAGCAGCCACUAAACGUCAGUGACAUGACUGUAAUGUCCAACCAUUAUAGAUCUAGUGCAGCUAUGGACCAGGAAUUGGGCUGGCUGGAUCCUCAUCACCCACAGCCUCAUCAAAUACCAUCCACAAACUCCACGCCCAACACGCAGCCAGGUGGCAGCCCCAUUGCUCAUGGAAUACCAUCACCCAUUAAACCUAAAAAUCUUCCAACGUCUCCUCGUCACAUACAAGCCAUGCAGCAACAUGCUCAGCAGAACAGGGUCCAAUCCAAUGCCAUGGGCCGGAGUCAAGGUGGAACAGAGUAUACGUUCCCAGCAAAUGAUGGCCAUCAUGCCAUCUCGGCUAUAUAUCCAGGAUCAGAUGUGUGUCCUAAGUACUCCAACACUCAGCAGCAACAGCAACAACAACAACAGCAGCAGCAGCAGCAACAGCAACAACAGCAGUAUCCAGCAUACAACACCAUGAACAUUGAGCCAUUCCCUACGCCACCUUCUCAUCACAGUCAGAUGAGUUCAGACUCCCCUCCCCAACACCAGAUGUCCACCUUCCUGCCCGACCAUUUCCCCACCCCCUCUCCCGACUCCCCAGGCCAGUGGUCAAGCUCUUCACCCCACUCUGCUCACUCAGACUGGUCAGAAGGAAUCUCCAGCCCAGUACAACCCAUCGUACCCAGCCGCAACAAACGAACAGCUGAUGCAGUGUAUAUCUAAGACUUAGUGUAGCCAUGAACCCAUCACUAUGCAUUUAAUGUGCGUGCUACUACUGUGUUCAGACUUUGAAUGGAGCACAUGAUGUGUUCACAGGUCACAAUAAUGCUACAAUUGGAUGUGUUGGCAUCCCGAACUCCUGAUACAGUUGCUGCUGGAACCGCAAACUCCAGUGCGCACUGCAUGUGACUUAACUUGGAAGGAACACUGAUGUGACCUGACUUAUGUCAUGUGCAUAUUUUAUUCAAGAUGGUGAGAAACUUACAGUAAGUUCAUUGUGCCAUUAGGAAUAUGUGAGAGGGACAGGCAUUUCCCAUGGUUGAGCAAGUCCCUGGAACCUUGGGCAAUUUUGUGCUGCUGACAAAGAUGAAAGCAUGGCCCACAUGCCAGCAUGAAAAAGAGAUUUUAUGUUUUAUAAGUUUUAUGACAAGGAUCUGUUAACUUUACAUGGCUGCACGUUGCCGAACGUGAACAAAGAUGCUGAAGGGUAAAAACUUUACAUGUGCAUACAGCUUUCGUACCAAUUGAGGUCUCAUUGAAAGGAUGUUUUACUACAAGUUGCAGGUACACACAUUGGCUCCAGCACCAAUGAACCAGCUUGAAAACCUAUCUUAUGUCCUUUAACGAGGUGGUGCCAUAGAAUCAUUUGUGCUAUGUUGAUUUUAUUUGCUUGCUAUUGAGAAGGGAAAAUCCCUACCUUUGUGACUUUGGAUGUUUGGCUGAAAGUCAUCCACUAUUACAUGAAGAUGAAUAUAAAGGCAUUGCCUGCAAUUCCGGCCCCUAGGGAGCUGAUAGGCCUACUGAAAAUAAAAACCUUCGCCUACUGUCCUGUGAGUUAAGUAACAUUGCUAAUGUCGUUGCAGUUUUAGUCGACUAUAGAUAAUCCCAAAUUGAUUACAAGACGAAGGGAACAUUUCCCACAAAUUAGUGGCAAUAACAAUGUGUCUUUUUGCCGACUAGAAUCACAGGACAUUUCAAGGUUAUUAUUACGAGUUGUACAUACUGUAUCAAAGGGUCAACGUGCAUGGAUACAUAACAUGUACAUUCUCAUAUUUGUAUUUUUAUACACAAUUCAGACAGUCACUAGAAUCGUAUCAUUAUUCAGUGUCACACGAGCCAUAUGAUAUUUUCAUUUUCAUUCUUUUUGUUUUUCUCAUAGUGGCAUUUAAAUGCCAAUCUGCAUCAUUGCCUCGGUUUUAUUUGUGUUUCUUAUGAAGACUGUGUUUGUGUUCUUCUGUAUGUUGAAUGUUGUAUCUACAAGUGAUUGCCUACAACUGAUUUUAAAUAAUUCACCCCUGACAGUUCUACAGUCAACAUUCUUCAUUAUCAUGACUGGUUUAUUUGGUAUGAGUUUUUUUAGGGAUGAGUUCCUUACCAUUUGUUGAUAUUUUAGUUAAGUUCCUUGUGAAAUUGCAGAAGUAGAAAUGGCAGCUAUCAUUGCCAUGGAAACUGGCAUCGAUAACAUAUUUUGAAUAUUUUAGGAUGUUACUCAUGGCUGUUUUAUUAUUUUAUUUCAUUUCUUAUCAUCGAAUCCCCAUUCCUUAUUUCAAUGUCAUUGUUACCCCAAAAUGAAUACAUUUGAUCUCAAGUUUCUUUCUAAACCAAGGGAGGUAAUCACUUGUAUGACCAGGAUUCCUUGGGGUCAUUCCGGCAGCAGUUAAUAAAUGGUGUUAAAACUGUCUCUUUUUUUCAUUCCACUGUGUUGAAGGAAAAAUAAAGAGAAUUAUUGGUCUAGAAAUUCACAAUGACAGUAGUUAUAAAGAUACUAUUAUUUAUGCCAGAAAAGCAUGGUGUCUUGUUCUAAAAGGUUUUGUUAAAUGACACAAAGCAAUAGUUCUAGAAAUUAGUUUGUCAUAUUUAUUUUAUGGUAUUGUAGGACUUGUAUUUAUUGUCAUUAUAUCAUAUGAUUUGACAGAAUAGGGCAUGGUAAUUCAUUUACUUGGUUUUAGUCAUGAAUAUUUGAUUACGCUAGACUGGGUAGUUUUUUUUAUAUGUAUCCGAUUGUUAAGAUGUCUUCACCAGUAAUUCUCUUUACCUUACAGGUUUUCAGAUCUUUGAAUAAAGAAUGCCUGUUUUUUGUAAGACUAACAUGUCUCACUUUGCUGUUUUCUCAUUUUGUGAUUUUGUUGAAUAACAAUGGAGUGAACAGAGAUGCUAUUCUUGGUUACGCUGUUAACCAAACCACAUGACCUAUUGUGGUAAACAUUUACUUUGUUAAGUUGUUAAGAGGUAUUUCAAUUGUCCACUUCGGCAAGUUUUUAAAGAAUUAAUUAAUGAAAAGAAAUGAGAAAACAGUGAUCCGAGUUUUAUGAAGGUGUAUUGUGUAUAUUUUGUAUGUUUUCUAGUCUAACCAUUGUUCAUUUUGACUUGUUAAAGUGUUGAUGAAAUAAAACACAGCUAUAUUAUCUCAGCAAAUCUGAAAAUCUGAAAUGUUUGUUGAACCUGUGUCCCAAAAGUCUGAAAAAUCUUGAAACAUGUCCCACAGGUCUGGAAAAGUAGGGGUUAUUUGUGAUUAGAUUUAACAGAAAUUUGAACGAAGACUUGACGUUUCAGAGUAAUAAGCAACAGUGUAUGUACAUGUAACUUUGGCUGUAUAAAGGCUAAGCUCACGGCUAAAAUGUAUGUAUGUGCGUGUGAAUAAGUAUUUUUUCUACAUUGUACAGUACUAAUCUACAUUAAUGCAUUUAUCUUAUUCUGUUUUUGCAUUGUUAUGUUUUCUUAUCAUUAGUUGUCAGAUUGUGUGAUAUUAUGUAAUUGGUUGUUGAUGCAUAGAACCGUGCAUGACAUAGCAUCACAACUUAAUUGUGCCGAGGUACAUAACGCAUGAAGCUGUUCAUUAGUACUGAAUAUUAGCACACAAUCCUUGACUGUCAACUGACUAGGAAUACAUUUGAGAAAGAUAACUAUUGAAUGUUUGAUGGUUCUUCCUCUCAACACUAAUGACUAUUUGACCAAGAAAAUUUCAAUGGAGACGUUCAAACUGUGUCUACCAUGUGAAUGACAUUCAAAACUUGAAAUUUGAUGAUAUGAAGCUAUGAAUAUUCAGUUCAUGAUACAGAUUUUAUUGACUCAGCAACAUGUUCCUCUGAGGUCCAAGUGAGAAAUUAUCAAGUUGCUUUAUGUGAAUGUUCUGUUCUUCAACAUGAUCAAUAUAUGCACUUAAAAGGCAUGAAUAUGGUGGUAACAAACAUUACUAUUAUUGUAAUUGAAUAUUGACAGCUUCAUUAAAUAUUACUACCUCUCCACUGCCAGAAUAAAUAUUUAAGUUUCGAUACUUUUUUUGGCCACAAAAAUGCCCGUUUUGUUUGUAAUGUUUAUUCAAAGUCUGUUUUGUACAUGGUGUAAAUAAAAGUUUUGAUACAGCUUUACUAGAGGUUUGAACUGUACAUCAUUUCAACAGUUUCGAAGCUGCCACAGAAUGACAGUAGUUGGGAAAUUAGUCUAAUAUUUUCACCUGCCUUAGGAAGCCUUCCUCAUCCAUUUAUUUAUGCAUUGAAUACAAUAUAAUAAAAUAUGUACAAAGAA